CACUACACGCGAUUGAGAGAAUUGGUGGGUCUACACUGACCAUCCCUCGUAACGUAAGAAUGCAAAGCCUUGCGAAGGGAGUGUGUCCGUUCUCGGGCGAAGCGGCUGAAGAUGAACCUAUGAGCGCGAAGUAUCAGAAACCGCCGGACCACAGCAAUUCUGAGCCGUUUAAGGAAGGACGCCGCAAUAAAGUGCAUCCUGACAUAGAAAUCCACACAGAGGAAGAGAUAAACCAUCCAGUACUGGGAAAGAUGAAGCUUGUAACUAUACCCGUGCCAAAUACACACACAGGGGAAGACUUCACCAAAGGGUAUAUGCUCUUCAACGACGAGGAAUCGCCUGAAGAAAGAGAAGAACUGGACUGGCAAUCGGGGACCGGAGAGUCACCGGAGAAUGACGGCGGAAAACAGAACGAAGAUUUCUCCAGCUUCGCAACAGAGCCAUUGGACAAAGAAGUGCUGCACAUGCGGGGAUCCCCCAGAGGAGGAAUGUCUUCGUGAAAGAGACGAGUGCGGCUGUGGGGACUCGGGAGCGCUACGAGAGGACGGCCAUGUUAAGUGUACGUGGCGCUGCUGCUGUUGCUGAGGGUUAUCGUAUUUUCCCUGUGGCCAUUAUUAGUUUUGUUGUUAAGUUAUUUGUAUGAUUAUAGUGUAUAAUGUUUUGAACGAACCCGUGUUUACUAAACAGACAGUCCCUGUGCUAAAUGUAGUUCAGCGAUAUUUUGUGCCUUGUCUGCAGAUAUCUGUUUCCAUGUACUUAAUUAUGUGAUUAUUAGUCCUAGUGUUAACUGUGUAUUCAUGUAUUCUAAAUAAAUAGCCAUUUCAGUGUA